AGCAUCUGAGAUGUUCGGGUAUUGGGCUGACCUCAGGCCGGGGCACUAUGCGGUACCGCGACCCCGAGUCGCGUCCGUCCAAUUACAAUCCGCGCGGACAGGACACGCGCGCACGCUACCGCCGCGGCAAUGGUGAGCAGCGAUGGGAGCACGACGGUGGCCGCGGUGCGAGUCCGGGACGAGGUGGCCGUGAGGGCCGUGAUCGCGGCGAUGACCGGCCUGGCGGGCGGCGGUGGGAUGCAGACCGGUGGGAGCGCGCGGCGCCGACAUUUGAGCGCGCAACUGAUCGGUGGGACGCUGGGCGGAUGGGAGACGGAGCGUCGGUUGCGAAGCAGAAUGAUGCGGGAGCUUUGAGAGAUCGAAUCUCCGGCGAGGAAGAUAAGCUGGACUACGAGGCGGACGAACGUCUGCGUGCAGCCGAUAUCGAGCGUGACAUUGCCCGGGACGGAGGCCAAGGCCGUAACGCCCGUGCUGCUGCGUGGGCGGCGGCUCGACGUGAGUCGCCACGUCGUUCGCGCUCUCCUGUCAACUCUCCGGUGCGGGACGAGCGCUCGAUGUCGCCUGGAAGCGAUAUGCAGCUCGAUCAAGAUUAGAUAGACGUCUCGUCUGACCAGUAGAAAUGCAAUUCAGUAUGCCGCG